AUGGUUACUACUGAUGGUGAACAUUCAACUUUACUUCCACUUACAGAUUGUAUCUAUUUUACAAAUGGAAAUUCUGGAUUUCAUGUCAUUGUUAUACAUAAUAAGUCAGCUAAAGGUGAACUAAAAGCAACUGUAAAUGCUCAUUAUCCAUGGGAAUUAUUUACUCAACAACAAAAACCAAUAAAGAUAACAAAUAAGUUAGAUUCAAUUGGAAGUGAACGAACAAAUCGAAUAUAUUAUUUUAGUAGUUCGAAUAGUUUACAUCUCAAAGAUUCAUCACCAUGUUCAUCGAAUAGACAAUUGCCCAUUGUUAAUAAUCAAGAUAUAAAAAAGCAAAAAUGUCCAAAAUGUACAAGUGAAUUUGAAUCUGUUCAAAGUUUACAACAACAUCAAACUAUUAAAAAUCAUUUAUUUAAUUGUCCUGUUUGUAAUGGAAUUUUUUUUACACAAAUAAGUCAAACUCAACAUCAAAGAAAUAAAAAACAUUAUAUUGGUGAUUAUAAAUGUAAUCAAUGUAAUCGUUAUUUUUCAAAAAUUGAAAGUUUGAAUCAACAUCAACAAGCUACUGGGCAUAUAUCAUUAUCAUUAAAUGAUCAAGAUUCUAUGAUGAUUAUUCUACAAGGAAUUGAAGCCAUAAAACAAUACUUUGAAAAGCAUGGUUUGAUCAAUAAUUGA